AAAUCCGUAAACACAGGGGAACCAGUUGUAUUAUAUAGCCCCUCUUACCUCACCAGUCAAGCGCGUCUCUUUUCAGCACUCACACUCUCUUCCUUGCGGCUAGGGUUUUAGCGCAGCUUCUUUCUUCAAGAUCUUUCUUGCUUUGAGAUUUAAGUCAUAAUGGGUAAAGAGAAGGUUCACAUUAACAUUGUGGUCAUUGGCCACGUCGACUCUGGGAAGUCAACUACCACCGGCCACUUGAUCUACAAGCUCGGAGGUAUUGACAAGCGUGUCAUUGAGAGAUUUGAGAAAGAAGCUGCUGAGAUGAACAAGAGGUCAUUCAAGUAUGCCUGGGUGCUUGACAAGCUUAAGGCUGAGCGUGAAAGAGGAAUCACUAUUGAUAUUGCCCUGUGGAAGUUUGAGACAACUAAGUACUACUGCACUGUCAUUGAUGCUCCCGGACACAGGGAUUUCAUUAAGAACAUGAUUACUGGAACAUCCCAAGCUGACUGCGCUGUUCUUAUCAUUGACUCCACUACUGGUGGUUUUGAAGCUGGAAUUUCCAAGGAUGGACAGACUCGUGAACAUGCUCUUCUUGCUUUCACUCUUGGUGUGAAGCAGAUGAUUUGCUGCUGCAACAAGAUGGAUGCUACCACUCCUAAGUACUCCAAGGCUAGAUAUGAUGAAAUUGUGAAGGAAGUUUCUUCCUACUUGAAGAAGGUUGGAUAUAACCCUGACAAAAUCCCUUUUGUUCCCAUCUCUGGUUUUGAGGGAGAUAACAUGAUUGAGAGGUCCACAAACCUUGACUGGUACAAGGGUCCAACCCUUCUUGAGGCCCUCGACCAGAUCAAUGAGCCCAAAAGGCCAUCAGACAAGCCUCUCCGAUUACCCCUUCAGGAUGUCUACAAGAUUGGAGGUAUUGGAACAGUGCCUGUGGGGCGAGUUGAAACCGGUAUCUUGAAACCUGGAAUGGUUGUUACUUUUGGGCCAACUGGGCUGACAACUGAAGUUAAGUCGGUGGAGAUGCACCAUGAAGCUCUUCAAGAGGCCCUUCCUGGUGACAACGUGGGAUUCAACGUCAAGAACGUUGCUGUCAAGGAUCUCAAGCGUGGUUUUGUUGCCUCAAACUCCAAGGAUGACCCUGCCAAGGAGGCUGCUAACUUCACCUCCCAAGUUAUCAUCAUGAAUCACCCUGGGCAGAUUGGAAAUGGCUAUGCACCAGUACUUGAUUGCCACACCUCCCACAUUGCUGUCAAGUUUGCCGAACUUGUCACUAAGAUUGACAGGCGAUCUGGCAAAGAGCUUGAGAAGGAGCCCAAGUUCCUGAAGAAUGGAGACGCCGGUUUUGUGAAGAUGAUUCCCACCAAGCCCAUGGUGGUUGAAACUUUCUCUGAGUAUCCUCCACUUGGUCGUUUUGCUGUGAGAGACAUGCGUCAAACUGUGGCUGUGGGAGUCAUCAAGAACGUGGAGAAGAAGGAUCCCACUGGAGCUAAGGUCACCAAGGCUGCACAAAAGAAGGGCAAGUGAAUCGUGCAGGAUGGUUUAUCGGGAACACUCUAUCCUUAUGACUACAAUAAUUGGUUUCUUGUUCGUAGUAGUUGUGUGUUUCGUCUAGUGAACUUGUUUAUCGGAGUUGCUGUCAGGUCUGCACCGUCAUCUCGCAACUUUUGUUCCCAGAACUGGGUUCUUGAUCGACGGUGGCAAGGCUUUUUCUAUUUUCCAUUAUAUGCCUUAUUUUUAUUUUAAUGUGCCUGCAAGAACACUUGAUACAGUUUUGUGAGCUGCAGCGAAUUUUAGGACUAGUCCUACGCUGUAGAUUUGGUUUUUUAAUGUCGUAUGUUAUGUUCUUAUUUCUAUUAUGUGUUCUUGUUUUAAAUUCUACUUUA